GCCCCCUUUCCAUUCCCAUGGAUCGUAUUACGCGAGACUCCGGCUCCGAGACAUCUGCUCCGCCGCCAACAACGGAGCGCGUCCCCGCGUCCCCGACCUGCGACCGAUCCCCUCGCCCGCGGUGGCGCCCCCUCCUCCUCCUCCUCCUCCUCCUCCUCCUCCUGAUGUCCCCCUAACUCCCCGCUAUUCUGUGUGUUAACUGCGGUGAUCAUGAGGAGCCGCGGUGUCCUCCGGCUGUAACCAACCCAUCAGAGAACCGAGGGUACCCGUCCCCGUCCCCGUCCUUUGCGCCAUCGCGAUCCCGUGCGUCAGCGAGCCAGAGCCGUGGAACCCCCCGGUUCCAUCGAGCGAGCAGCACAUUUCUUUUUGUCUGUGCGCUCCGGCAGGCUGCGGGCUGAAGGCUGCGGGGGCUGAAGGCUGAAGGGGGCUGAAGGCUGAAGGGGGCUGAAGGCUUAGAGCGGCUUCGCAUCCUCCUCCGCUGCGAGCGACAUUGUUGUGGGGCGAGCGCAACUAUUCGAGGGCGGAUGAAAAAGACGCACGUCUCCAUGACUGGUGUUUUAGUCAAAACACUCCAACAGUCGGAUAUUUGACCCAUUUUUUUGUUGUUGGCCUUUUUGCUUAUUUUUGGUUGGGGGGGGGGGGGGGGUUGUGUUUUGGCACCAUGGAGUCCGUGGAGAAGGAGUGCGGAGCGCUGGGUGGAUUAUUCCAGGCCAUCGUGAACGACAUGAAGAGCUCGUACCCCGUGUGGGAAGACUUCAGUGCCAAGGCCACAAAACUGCACUCUCAACUCAGGACCACAAUUCUGGCGGCAGUGGCCUUCUUAGAUGCCUUUCAGAAGGUGGCCGACAUGGCCACCAACUCCAGAGGGGCCACCAGGGACAUUGGCUCGGCCCUGACGAGGAUGUGUAUGCGACACCGCAGCAUUGAGACAAAACUACGCAGUUUCACCAAUUCUCUUAUGGAAGGUCUGGUUACACCACUCCAGGACAGGCUAGAGGAAUGGAAGAAGACGGCUAAUCAGCUGGACAAAGACCAUGCCAAAGAAUACAAGCGCUCUCGUCAGGAAAUCAAAAGGAAGUCGUUGGACACCAUCAAACUCCAGAAAAAAGCAAGAAAAGAGCUCCUGGGCCGGGGUAACCUGCGCCCCCAGCUGGACAGCGCCAUGCAGGACGUCAGUGACCUGUACCUGCUGAUGGAGGAGACGGAGAAGCAGGCGGUGCGCAGAGCCCUGCUGGAGGAGAGGGGCCGCUACUGUUCGUUCAUCAACCUGCUGCAGUCGGUGGUGAAUGUGGAGAUCGCCAUGCUGGGUGAGAUAACACACUUACAGCCCAUCGUCGACGAUCUCACCGUGUUGACCGAAGACCCACACAAGCUGCCACCGGCCAGUGAGCAGGUGAUCCGGGACCUGAAAGGCUCCGACUACAGUUGGUCCUACCAGACGCCUCCUUCCUCCCCCAGCAGCGCUGCCUCCAGGAAGAGCAGCAUGUGCAGUCUCCUCCAGAUGCCCUCUGCGGGAGCCCACCGGCUCAGCAGUGUGUCCUCCCACGACUCUGGCUUUGUCUCCCAGGAUGCCAACACCCACUCCAAGCCUCCGUCGCCUAUGCCGUCUGAUAUCACCAGCCAGAAAUCAACAAGCUCCGCCUCCUCUGAGGCUUCAGAAACCUGCCAGUCUGUCAGCGAGUGCAACUCUCCCACGGCGUUUGGCUCAUGCUCAUCCUUCGGCACCUUCCGCCCUGCUUUCUCACACACUGGCACCAUCAGGCCUCUCUCUGUCAUACUUCCUGCGUCCCCCACAUUUAAUCACUCCCCCGGAUCCAACACCCCCUCACCCACAUCAAAGGUCCCUAACUGGAAGGACUGGGCCAAACUGAGUUCCUGUGAGCCGUCGUUGGCCAGCACUCUGCAGCGUAGGAGGGAGUCUGUGGAUAAGAUGAGGGAACUGGAGGCCCCGCCCAGUCCACAGGGGUAUUCUGGGAUGCAACCAGAUGAUUCACACCGAGGGAGAAUUGGCCCAGCAACCAAGCACGGCGAGCCCAUCUCUCCAGCAGCCAGUACUCUAGCGAUGGUUCUGACCAGAGGCUUGAGUAUGGAGCAGCAGAAGAGCAGCAGGGACUCUCUGCAGUACUCCAGUGGCUACAGCACGCAGACCAACACCCCGUCGUGCUCUGAGGACACCAUCCCCUCACAAGGUUCAGACUAUGAGUGCUACUCCCUCAAUGGGGAUGCUGACAGUGAAGGGCAGGCAGACUUUGACAAGUCCUCCACCAUCCCGCGCCACAGUAACAUUGCUCAGAGCUACCGCCGCAUGAUCCAAACCAAGAGACCUGCCAGCACUGCAGGUCUGCCUGCAGGAAAGACCCUGCAGGGAACUCCCAACGGCGCCGGGGGAAGCGGCUCCGGAGCCAUCACCUCGGGGACGGCCACUAUACGACGGACACCGUCCUCCAAAACGGGCGUGAGGCGCACGCCAUCCACAUCCGGCCCCAUUCCCAUCCGGCCCCCCAUCGUGCCGGUCAAAACCCCCACAGUACCAGACUCUCCGGGGUACGCCAGCCCGUCACAGCAUCGCACAGGCAGCGAAGAGUUUCUGUACGGCGAUGACCCAUCCGCUUGUGACUACACCAGGGCCUCUCCGAAGCGGAUGAGCCUCCCUGACAAAAUCUGGGGCUUGGGAGGAGGCGGAGGAGGAGGAGGAGGAGGAGGAGGAGGGGCGGAUAGGACUGUUUAUGCCCAGCAGGCCUCGAGCAUGGCCGCCCACGGUGCUGAGGAGGACCCUCUGCUCGCUGCCAACCGCCACAGCCUGGUGGAGAAGAUAGGAGAGCUGGCGGCUAGUGCCCACGCCCUCGGCGAGGGUCAUUUCCCCUUCCCGAGCUCACUGCCCGGGGCCGCGGCUCAGCGUGCGCCCCGGGAGCCGUUCUCCGUGACCCAGGAGGACGUGGACAUGCUGGUGUCAAUACGCCGCGGAGUGAAGCUGCGCAGGGCGGUGACUGACGACAGGUCGGCUCCCCUGAUCCUGCGGUAGCCGAAGGAGACGACUCACAAACUGGCGCUUUGUAGUGAAACGCAACCGCACUCAUGUAAUACAUGAACCGAGGCACAAGCACCGAGGAGGAUGUGACACGUGGGGAAUGAAGGCCAGUCGACAGACUAAUGAGUGACCAUGGACAAUGUCAAAGUCAUUUCAUUUUCUGUCAAGUAUGUAUUGCGUACGUACAAAGUAAUCCAUAUUUGUUUUGUUUUUUCUUCUUCUUCUUUUUGUUUUUUGUUUUUUGUGUGUCUGUGGACUUCGUGGCUGUGCAUCUCUGCUCCCUGCUCCCUGUGUGACCAGUUGUUUCAGCCUAGUCGGCCCCUUUAAGACCCAGUGAUCCCAAAAUCGCUCACGGGAAUCGAAUGCUUUAUGUCCCUGUUCUCGCUCUUAUGAUUAUUAUAAUAUUGUGCGUUUGCUCGUUGAACACAGCGAUCCUGUCCGUGGAUUGGCGGAGUGCUCUGUGAGCCUGUCUGUAUGUUGUGUUUUUCUCACCAAUUACUGUACAAGUACCGUAUUACUGUUUUUGUUUCAUAAGCUGAGCAGCAGCUGUGUAAGUCAUGUAAAAAAUAGGAGCAAUAUGGCAGUGUUUUUAUUGCUGUACCGUACUGUCAAUAUAUUCUGCAAUUAAACAGGCUUUUUACUGUUA